AACUCUAAUCGGGAUCCGCCCCGGCAACGCUGACUGCAGCGCGAGUUCCGUCAAACUUAAGCUGCGAUCUAUCGAUUAAAUUAGUGAAAGUAUUAUUAAACAUGACGAUCUUCAGCUUGAGUGAAACUCGGCAGCGCUAAAGCCUCUCAGAUGCGGUUUGUUUAAUGUGUGUUUGUGUUUGUGCUGCGGCUGGAUUUGAACAUCAUGACGCCUGACCUGCUGAACUUUAAGAAGGGAUGGAUGUCUAAACUGGACGAGAGUGGAGAGUGGAGGAAACACUGGUUUGUGCUGACAGAUGCUGGCCUGAAGUACUACAGAGACUCUGCGGCGGAGGAGAGAGACGAGGUGGAUGGAGAGAUCGACCUGAAGUCAUGUGUGAAGGUGUCGGAGUUCGACGUGGAGAAGAACUACGGCUUCCAGAUACAGACGAGAGACGCCAUGUUCACGCUCUCGGCCAUGACGGCGGGGAUACGCAGGAACUGGAUCGAGAUUUUGAGGAAGAACGUUCGACCCGGCAGCUCUCCAGACCUCACACAGCUGCCCAACAGCAGCAUUGAUAAGGAGAACGCUCGUCAAUCAUCUUCCCUCCGGCUGCGCAGCCAAUCAGAGGCCUCCUCCACCACCGCAAACCCCGCCCACAGCAAAUUCGACUACGUCGAGCUGUCACCCGUAGCCACGCCUUCUACUCCUGUCUCCGCCAAUCAGAGAGAGUCCGGGGAGGGGCAGGUGAGAGAGCACAGCCAAUGGCAGGAGGAGCGGCGGCGCGACGACGCCCACAACCAGUGGGAGGCGGUGCUGUCGCGAAAGGGGGCGGGCCAGCUGUCGGAACAGAAGCGGAUAGAGGAGGAGAUCGAGAAGAAGUGGGCGGAGUUUGAGCGGCUGCCACUCAAAGAGAUGAGGUCACUCCCACCGAUGGGCUCGCGGUCGGGCCCGUCAGCCAAUCAGGCUCUGGAGAGGGAGGUAGUGGCGUCUCUGAGGCAGCAGCUGGCGGAGCUGAGGGCGGGGCGGGAGGGGUGGGCGGGGUCAGAGCGGAGGGCGUGCUGCGGGGCGGAGUCUCGCUGCGGGGAGAGUCUGCAGCAGAUGGAGCGCGUCCACAAGGAGGCGCUGGAGCAGCAGGAGCAGAGGCACGCGCAGCAGAUCAGCGCGCUGGAGAGAGAGAGAGACGCGCUGCUGAGGGAGGAGACGGACGCCACUGCACGAGUGAUGGAGGCGUUACAGAAAGCGCACAGAGAAGAGCUGGAGAAAACCGCACAACGCAAAGAGACACAUGGGAUGGACACACACACGCUUAACAAACAACAACAGGCAGAGGUGGCGUCUCUGCGGCGGGAGCUCCAGAGUCUGUCGGAGCGAUUCUCUCAGAAGUGUCUGGAGCUGAAGCGAGCGCAGCAGCACCACGAACACACAGAACAACAGAUGAGCCAGAAAGACAGACAGAUGGAGCAGCUGAAGAGAGACAACCAGGACUUACAGGCUCGUCUGUCGGAGGAGGUGAAGGUCAUUCGCUCUCUGGUCACAGGUCAAGGGUCAGACGCAGGGACUGACGGCAGUGAGAGGUCAUGGUGUGAGAUGCAGGUGCUGCUGCGGGUGCGAGAGAACGAACUGCAGUACCUUCACCAAGAGCUCAACAGCCUCCGCAACCAGAUGCACUUCCUCACCACGGAGAAGAGCAGCGUGUGCGAGCGCUACCGCGAGGUGUGUGAGGAGCUGAGCGCCAUGAAGAUCCGCAGCGAGCGUGAGGCCGAGGCGCUCCGAGAGCACCUGAGACUGGCACUGAGCGCGCUGCACGAGAACGACAACAGCCUGCAGCACUGACGGCCGGGGGAGGAGCCUCCGCGGUCAUGUGACUCUCAUUUCAGUCCGAUCCGCCAGUCAGCUGCGGGACACUGGAACAAACGCUUCUGCACUUUCUCAUGUGUGUUUAUGGGACCAAACUGGAACGUCUCACUGUCGCUAGUGUGGAGGAACUGAACACACACACGAACAAUCAACAAACUCUUAUCUGAUAGAUAUCAUAUUUGCCAAUCUAGUAUCAUGUGUGUGUGUUCUGUGGAAGCUUGUUUCCACCACGGAAUAAAAACUCUUUUAAAGAAAGUGUGACUUACAAUUCUGAGAAGAAACUCAGAAAUUUAACUUGUAGUUCUGACUUUUUCUCUCGCGGUUGCACGGUUAUAUCCCGCAAUUCUGAGUUUGAUUUGCGAGAGAAAAAGUGGCAAUUACCUUUUUAAUUGUUGUUCUGUGGUGGAAAUCAGCUUCCAUGGGGUUCAACUGUCUUUGUGCCACAAAAACAAGAGCUUUGCUUGAAUGAGCCAAUGUUUUUUAAAAGAUGUUUGUUUCUUGUUGUCGUAUUUAAAUUUAGAGUUUAACGCAUAUGUAAACAUAUCGAGCUAUAGCUAAUAAAUAUGGGUUAUUUGGUUUAUGGA